CCCUUGGGGAAGAAGCCGACCUCGGCUUCGCGUUGCGGCUUGCGGCUUUCCGAUGGCGGCGAUUCGAUGAAUCACACGGUGCGAAGCGUGCAGCGCCUGGUGCAGCUCAGCCCCGAUGUGGCCAAGGCGGACCAGCUGCUGCUGGCGGAGCUGGGCAUUUUGGACUUCGUGGAUGCCCUCUGCGCGCAGCUCCUGAAGCUGCGCCCGGAGGUGUCCAAGAUGGCGCCCCUGCUGCGGGGCGCUUUGGAUACCUUCCUGGCCCAACGGAUGCCCCACAGCUCCUCAGGGGGGUCCCUGUGCCGGCUGCUGACCCCCGACAAGCCGCUGAGUCGGCAGAUCUCUGCGGAGGGCAGCCCCAAGACCGAGGACAGGCGCCUCUCCUGGGAGGGAGAGACCCGUUUCUGGCGACGCCUGGGCGGGCAGGGUGAGUACCAAGGGGGUUCCCGACUUCGGCUGCUGCGAAUGGAUGCGCUCACCAGGAAUUGGUGCUGCUUCUUUGUGGAUCUGAAGGCGGGGCCCUCGAAGGCGCGGCAGUACCGCAGCAAGCAGCGCCAGGAGCCCAGGGCCCACGAGCAGCCAGCCCACGACGACAAGUGCCCCCUUUGCAAGGGCCGUGAAGAAGCAACGGAGGUGCUACGCGUGUGGCCGGAUGGACGGCUGGAAGAGCGGGAGGGCCUACCUGAGCAGGAGGAAGACAAGACCAAGUGGCUUGUACGAGUCCUUCGCAACCCUUUCCCAUACCUACUAACUCCUCAGGAGCUCUAUGAGAAGUCCUUCCCCGGAGACCGGAGCAAACAUGCGGCGUGCUUCGGGGACCACGACAACCAUGCGGCCAACCCGGACGCGGACCACCCCUUGUAUAGGAUGGUGGAUGGCUUUGGCGCCAGCGAGGUGGUGGUGGAGUCUCCGACCCACAACGCCCUCAUCGGCAUUGCGGAGGACAACCAGGUGAUCAAUACUCUGCGGGCCAUGGCAGCGAGAGGCCGGUCAUUGCGGAAGUGCCAGCGCGUCCUCCAGCUGAUGUACUUCAAGCAGUACGGCAUGGAAGCCAGCGGCUCGUUGAUCCAUCCGCACAUGCAGAUCUGCUCCUUGCCCAUUGUGAGCCGCAGCUUGGAGCAGCGAUUGAAGGACCACAAGGACUUCUUCGACGUCCACGGCUGUACUGGUGUGCACAGGCUCUACGUGGAGGACGUGAUUGGGGGCCACGCUGUUAGCGUGGCGCGCCUGGUGCACCAGACGGAGCACUUUGUGGCAUCCGUGCCCUUCGCCCAGGUCCCACGGGGGCGAAUGAUCAUAGCGCCGAAGCGACACAGCCCACGCUUCGAGGACUCCACGGAGGAGGAGCUGAAAGACCUGGGCCGGCUGCUGCGGCUGCUGCUGGCCGGGCUCUACCGCUUCAAGGACGACCCCUCGUACAACCUCUUCUGGGAGAGCGCGCCAACUGAGCAUGCCUUUGCCAACCGCGAGGAGGAGAGGUUGACGGUGGAGAAGUCCUUCUGCUGGACGCUGCACAUCCGCGUUCCCCACAAGGCCAGUGGCUUCGGACUCGCCUCCGGGGUAGACGUCACGAGGCAGCUGCCGGAGGAAGAGGCCAAAGAGAUGCGCACCGCCCUGCUCCAGGAGGUGGCCUAUCCUGUGCGCACGGUCGGCUUCGACGCGGAGCAGCUGAAUUUGGAGUUCCCCAACACCGUCGGGCCCUUCGUCAUGGUGAAGGCUCAGCUGGUGGAGGCCUUUAACGAGUUCUUCACACUGCCGGAGGCUUCACGGCCGGACCCCACCAGCGAGACCAGCUUCAUGAUGGGCCUUCAGCCUUGCCACAUCGGUUUGGAGGAGCAUGACAUCUUGUUCUGCCACUGCUCGCCGCUGCACCCCACCACCUUGUCCGCCGCCAGCCGGGCGGCCGCCGGCAUCCCCAAGACCGCCAACUUCUUCGCCUGGGCCUACCCCGUGGAGAAGAGCAAGGUCCCGGAUCUUUGGCACCUCUCCGGGCCCGAGCGCGCCUUCCUGGAGUACGGAGGAUAUGUCUACUACGACAAGGACUGCAACGUGGUGGGCACGACAUCCAUCAGCCCGACCUCCGUGGGGACCGGCCUCAUCUUCGGGGGGUCUUUGCCCCUGGCGGAGGAGGUGGCAGAUGCCCUGGCGAAGCAAGGCCGGUUCCAGGAGGUGACCUUGGAGCCGCUGCUCCGCAAGGGCGCCACCCACUUCGCCUGGGUCCGUCCCAGGGAGUUCGCCUCCACCCAGUGCCCCAGUGGUGCCUUCGCUUACAAGUUUGAUGGUGGAGGGGAAGCGAGGCCGGCGGAGCUCGAGUUGGUCCUGCAGGUACUUCCCCGUUGCCGGCAAACCUGUGUUGUCCGAGCCCGCGCUGCAGCUAUGAGUUGACCUGGCCGGCCGUUUCCCUGCCUCCAGCGGUCUGGCGUGAGAUUGUUCAGCCACGGGGGCCAUGUGUCAA